UAUAUUCUCAAUUCUCUUUAGCUUUAUUCUCUCUUGCUUUCUCCCUUUCUUUCUUUCUUCCUCCAUUUUGAUGUGAUAUUCUCCACUAACAAUAUCCCAUUCCAAACUUUUACAAAAGUGAAUUUUACAUUAUUCAAGAAAUUAAACUAUGGUUUUUUCCUCUAUUUCUGCUUAUCUUGAUCCAUCCAACUGGCAACAGCAAGUUGGAUAUAGCAUCCCAAAUCCUCAACUUCUAUCAGGACAAUCACAACCAACACCACCGCUGCCACUAGCGAGUACUACUCCUCCACCACCACCGCCGCCACCUCCACCUCAGCCUCAUCAUGUGGGUGGUGGUGGAGGUUCAAUCAGACCAGGCUCGAUGGCAGAUCGAGCCCGGUUAGCAAACAUACCAAUGUCAGAGGCAACUCAAAAAUGCCCUCGUUGUGAGUCAACAAACACAAAGUUUUGCUACUUCAACAACUACAGCCUCUCCCAACCUCGUCACUUCUGCAAGACCUGCAGAAGGUAUUGGACGAGAGGGGGCGCUCUAAGGAGCGUCCCCGUGGGUGGAGGCUGUCGUAGGAACAAAAGAAGUAGCACUAGUAGCAGUAGUACUACUACUAUUACUAGUGCUAAAUCCAGCAAUAAUAAUAAUACUUCCAAAUCUCAAGCUACUAAUUCUGGUUCCACAAGCAAUAACAAUAGUACUUUUUCUAGUCCAUCAUCAGCAGCUAGUUUAUUAGGUCUUAUGAACCCUCCAAUUCACCCUCUACGUUUCAUGUCCCCGUUAGGACAAUUGACUGAUCAACACUUCACCCCAAACGAAAUGAAUUACACAUCAAUUUCUUCAUCAUCACCAGCUCCAAUCGUCAUGGGAACAAAUGAAAACAUGAAUUUUCAGCUUGGAAUGGGUAGCAACUUAGAGCAAUGGAGGCUACAUCAACAACUAGUGAACCAAUUCCCUUAUAAUUUAUACGGGGGAUUGGAUUCAUCUCCUGCUUCUGGUUCUGGCUCUGCCUCUGCCUCUGGGCUUUACCCUUUCCACCAGGCUCAUUACACAUGUAAUGACGCGGGUGGAGGUGGUGUCAUAAGUCAAAUAAGGCCCAAAGUUUCGAACCCUAUGUUGACUCAGCUGGCAUUGAUGAAAAUGGAAGACCACCAAGAUCAUGUUGCAAGUAUGCCACGUCAGUUUUUAGGAAACGAAAACUGGCUGAGUAAUGGUGGUAAUGCUAAUUGGAAUGAGCUUUCCGCGAGUUUUAGCUCUUCUUCCACUAGUAAUAAUGUACUAUAA